ACUGUGAGGCCACCACUACCAGCCAGGAGCGGGCCCUGGCGCCUUGCUUUUUUUCCAUUGAGGAGUUGCCCUACAGUGCUGCAGUAGCAGCAGUGUCUUUUUGUUCGGUUGGUGGCCGAUGUCUAUGUUUGCAUUUAUGGUGUACAUUUAAUUUGCAUCUAAACGAGUGCUUUGCAGGCAAUUUUAAGUAUUUUAGGCUCAGAAACGCUGUUUUCUCCCUCAGGUGCUCAUUGCCUUCUUUUCUAUGACAGAUCCUGACGACAGUAUAUACAAAAGAUAUAUAAAUAUGAUUACUAAUAUAGUAGUCUUGAGCAUGAUCAUUUGCAUUUCCUUAGCUUUCUGGAUUGUGUCAAUGACUGCUAGCACCUAUUAUGGUAACUUACGGCCUAUUUCUCCUUGGCGGUGGCUAUUUUCUGUUGUGGUUCCUGUUCUGAUCGUAUCUAAUGGCCUUAAAAAAAAAAGUCUAGAUCACAGUGGGGCUUUAGGAGGGCUGGUGGUUGGAUUUAUCCUAACCAUUGCAAACUUCAGCUUUUUUACCUCUUUGCUCAUGUUUUUCCUUUCUUCUUCCAAACUCACAAAAUGGAAGGGAGAAAUAAAGAAGCGUCUAGACUCAGAAUAUAAAGAAGGCGGGCAGAGGAAUUGGAUUCAGGUGUUCUGUAAUGGAGCUGUGCCCACAGAGCUGGCUCUGCUGUACAUGAUAGAAAAUGGCCCUGGCGAGAUGCCAAUUGACUUUUCCAAGCAGCACACUGCUUCCUGGAUGUGUUUGUCUCUCUUGGCUGCACUAGCCUGCUGUGCUGGAGAUACCUGGGCUUCUGAAAUUGGCACAGUUCUGAGUAAAAGCCCGCCAAGGCUGAUAACAACAUGGGAAAAAGUUCCUGUUGGGACCAAUGGUGGCAUUACAAUGGUGGGUCUUGCUUCCAGUCUCCUUGGUGGUACCUUUGUGGGCUUCGCUUACUUCCUCACACAACUGGUUUUUGUGAAUGAUUUAGACAUCUCUGCUCCCCAGUGGCCCAUUAUUGCUUUUGGAGGUCUAGCUGGAUUACUAGGAUCAAUUGUGGACUCAUAUUUAGGGGCAACGAUGCAAUUUACUGGUAAGAAUAUAAUCUUAUUUUUUUAAAUCAUUGGUUAUUUU